AUGCCUCUCUCGAUUUCCGCCCACCCUAACAAGAGGAAGAAGGUCAACAAGAUCAUUACUGAUCUGACCAACAUCACCCAAGAUGAUGAAGAGUCAAACCCUGAGGCGUCCGAAUUUGAUCUGGGCACAAAGAUCAACACUCCUAAAGACACCAUGUUGGAGGAACUGUCUCUUUUGACCAACAAGGGAUCCAAGAUGUUCCGGAUGAGGCAGCAGAGAGUGGAGCGCUUCAUCGUCACCAACGAGAAUAUGCAGAAUCUCCAGCAGCUGGUUCCAUCGCUGGGGUGUGAGACGACAGCCCCACCACUCACUCAGGAACUGGAGCACGAGGAGGAUAAGGAGGCGGAGAUAGAAAAGAAGAGACAGCAGUACGUGCAGACUUACGUGUCGCCGUGGGAACGGGCCAUGAGGGGAGACGAGUCCCUGACCUCUACCAUGCACCACCACAUGGCUGGACCACAUACCCCCCACGACAUGCCCAAGUUCAAGAGCUUCAAUAGGACGGCCCUGCCCUAUGGCGGCUUCGAGAACGGGGGAGGCCACUUGAACUUCGAGCCUCCCGAGAUCCCAUUCGCCCAGGUGGAGGCGGAGUCCCUCCACUCCCUGCAGGGGGACAUUAGGUCCCGCCCCUCGUUCAACCGCACCCCCAUCGGCUGGGUGUGUAACCCGGAGGACAACUCACACAUCCACAUGGAGCUGGACAACAUGCUGCCCUUUGACGGAGAGACGGAUGAGCUGUAG